AUGACACUCUUCUUAAUAUGGGCUGUCGAGGGUGAGCGCAACGUCCUCAUCUUCGAUCUUGGUGGUGGAACAUUCGAUGUCUCUCUCUUGACCAUCGAGGAAGGUAUCUUCGAAGUCAAAGCCACCGCUGGCCUGGUCAAGAAGGUCUUGGGAGACUCGAGGAAUGACAAGUCGAACGUCCAUAAAAUCGACCUCUUUGCAGCAAGGAGGCCAACAAGAGCAUCAAACCAGACGAGGCCAUCACGCGUCGCCUAUGGUGCCGCUGUCCAUGCUAUCAUACCCUCAGGUGAUACCUCGAAGAAGACCCAGGAGAUUCUCUUUCUCAGUAUAGCCCCACUCUUCACUGACAUUGAGACUCCUGGUGGUGUCAUGACCACUCUCAUCACAUGCAACACCGCCGUCCCAACCGAGAAGCUUGAGAUGUUCUCCACCUAUCCCGAGGGUUGCUAUGGGAAGUAG